ACACACAGGGAUACCCCCUUCACUAAUCCAAUAUUUUGUCAUGAUAAAUAUGAGUUUUGUCAUUUGAUGGUGGCCAAUUAUCCACAAAUCACCCAUUUUCAAUACACCACUAAUUAUGAUUGAAAUAAUCAUGUGGUCUAGCACAUGGUGACCAGAUAAACUGCAAUCGAUUUGGCAUAUUAGUUAGAAGUCUGUCAAUAUCAUCAAUAGAUAUAGCAGAACGUGUAUUAUUAUUCAUUCUGUGGUAUAUAGCACGUCAUGCUGCUGCAAGGGACAUUGCAUACCCUACAGCGUAUCUUUCAUUAAUUAUAGGUGCGGUUGCGAUUUUUAUGCGUUUUCUGGGUUUUUAACUAAUUAUUAACUUGUGCUCUAGCCCGUGACGCGUGGGGAAUGGAAUCGGCUGCGAGGGAGCUCAAGCGUCCAGGUACACCUCAGAAAAUGCGCAGCUCCUCAGACGUGCUUGUGUUGCACGAUGCCCCACAUAGCGCUGACUAAAGGUGAACGGAGAGCCGUGUUCAAUGCUUAUUCUUUUAAGAUCUUCAGCCGACCAACACGGGGAGACCUGCUUGAUGCAAAUCUACUCCGGACACUGCUGUGUCUGCUGAAAUGCUCGAAUUAACCGGAGGGGAUGGGAUCUGCCUAGCAUAUUGAUACGGUUCAGCUACUGCAUGCAUCCCGGCGCGGUCUUCUUGCGCCAUCAUCGACACCUCGGGUGAAACGCGAAUAGCCUACCCAUUUUAUUUCAAAGUCACCGAGAUUUCUACGAAAUAGCGUGGUUUUUGUGCAAAUACAGUUUUGAUGUUGGUAAAAAGACGCGCAUGCGUUGGUCUUGGAAUAAUUGGACAGCCUGUGACUUAAAUAGGUAGCGUUCCUUAAAUCUUCGCUCAAAGUCAUCUCUCUGAUCAAAGUUAGUGAUGUGCACGGCUUUGGACCGCGGACGCUGGGGGAUUUUUUGUCUUUUCCUCAUGGUCGCCAUGGUCUGCGGCGCUCAAAGCGCCAACGAGCCUAGCAACAUGUCAUUUGUGAAAGCGACCGUGGACAAACUGCUGAAGGGGUAUGACAUUCGUCUGAGGCCUGAUUUUGGAGGUGCCCCUGUGGACGUUGGCAUGAGCAUAGAUAUCGCCAGUAUCGACAUGGUUUCGGAAGUCAACAUGGAUUACACCAUCACCAUGUACUUCCAGCAGUCCUGGAGGGACAAGCGCUUGUCCUACACAGGGAUUCCCCUCAACCUGACGCUGGACAACAGGGUGGCUGACUCGCUCUGGGUCCCUGACACCUACUUCAUCAACGAUAAGAAGUCCUUUGUGCACGGGGUCACAGUGAAGAACAGAAUGAUCCGACUCCAUCCUGACGGAACUGUGCUCUACGGCCUGAGGAUCACCACUACUGCAGCUUGCAUGAUGGACUUGCGUAGAUACCCACUGGAUGAGCAGAACUGCACCCUGGAGAUCGAGAGCUAUGGGUACACCACUGAUGACAUCGAGUUCUACUGGAAAGGUGAUAAUUCAGUGACUGGGGUGGAGAACAUCGAACUGCCCCAAUUCUCUAUAAUAGACUACCACAUCCAAUCCACAAAAGCAGUGUUUGCUACAGGCUCCUACCCGAGGCUCUCUCUGAGUUUUAAGCUGAAGAGGAACAUUGGCUACUUCAUCCUACAGACCUACAUGCCCUCGACCCUGAUCACCAUCCUAUCCUGGGUCUCCUUCUGGAUCAACUAUGACGCGUCUGCGGCCAGAGUCGCUUUAGGCAUAACUACUGUGCUGACCAUGACCACCAUCAACACCCACUUGAGAGAGACUUUACCCAAAAUCCCCUAUGUCAAGGCUAUAGACAUCUACCUGAUGGGCUGCUUCGUGUUCGUCUUCCUGGCCCUGCUGGAGUACGCGUUCGUUAACUACAUCUUCUUCGGACGGGGGCCUCACUUGCAGAAAAAGGUGGCAGAGAAAGCAGCUCAAACCAACAAUGAAAAUAAGAGCCGAUUGGAGAGUAACAAAGUGCAGGUGGACGCCCACGGCAACAUCCUCCUGACCAAUCUGGAGAUCCGUAACGAGAUGGGCGGGAUGGGUGGCAUGGCCGGGAUGACCGGGGCCGAGAUGAUAGGGGCUCUCAACGACCCGCGGGCCACCAUGUUCUCCUACGACAGCGCCAGCAUACAGUACCGUAAGCCCAUGGCCAGCCGAGACCUGUACGGUCGACCGGCCCUCGACCGGCCUGUCGGCCACAAGAAGAGUCGUUUGAGGAGGAGGGCGUCGCAGCUCAAAGUCAAGAUCCCAGACCUGACGGACGUCAACGCCAUAGACAAGUGGUCCCGCGUCAUCUUCCCCAUCGCCUUCACCUUCUUCAACCUGGUCUACUGGCUGUACUACGUCCACUAGGGUGCGUGGCUAUUCCCGCUAGAGGUUUGUUUAGCUAGCUAGGUUCUUGUACAGCAAGGGUAAAAGAGAGGGGAGUUAAAUUCAGCCCCGUUUGUAUGACUUCUGUUUGAGGAAUGCGAGGCGCAGCGGGUGUCUUUUCAAUGUAAAUACAAUUUAUUAUAUGAUAUAAAUAUAUAUAUAUAUAAAAAAAGAGAAGUAUAAUUUAAUAAAUUCUCUCACCUUUUUGCUGUAUUUAUCCGUACAAAAUAGAAAUAGUGAAAAUUAGUACAGAAUUAAGAGGCGGUGAAGGUGUUCACCUGCAUUUGUAAGUCUGAACUUUGUGCCAAAAAUGGACUUUGGUGACUUCAUUGUUACUCUUAGGCUGCAACUGCAUUUUAUUUAUUAGGAAAUCCUGUUCUCACCUUAUUUCCUCUCAGCCUCUGCAUGUGGACCGUAACACAACUUUUAUUUGCUUCUAAAGAGAAAAAAAAAACAUUGCAAAAACUGUGGGUAAUAACAAAUACAUUUUUAUCUUAGUUAAACCCUAUCUUGUUAUUGAAGCAAAUCCUUGCUGAGUUAAACUUCAUCUUGUGGUUUAGGAAGUCCUUGUUUGGUUGAACUCCAGCUCUGUGAAAAGGUAGUUCUCAUUUGUUUUAACUAUGAAUAAGUUCAUCCUCCCAUGAUUAAGGCAGUUCUCAUUGUGUUGAGUCCACACCUUAUGACUAAGGCGGUAUUCAGUGAGUUGAAGAACAUGCUACCUUGCAUGUUCUUAAUGUGUGACAUGAUUUUGUUGGUUAAUGCUAGAUGCAUGUGUGCUUACUGGCUUUUUGCACUGUAAAACAAAGCCCGUUUUCUUUCCUUUGUAUGAAACCUUAGCAAAGGCUCCAUAGUUGAGCCUGCCUGUAUUAUAAAUCAUUCUACUGUAUGCUUUUGAACAAUCAUUGCAUUUAGGGUAAGUACAGGACAGAAGUGAAUUGGAAAUCAACUAAUCUUAAAAAUCUAAAUUUGUUCAAAUUUGUAUCUAUUCUCACAGCGUCUGUGAGCAUGUAAAAUGUAAUUUUCUUUAAAAGAAAUCAGGUAAAGAAUGACUUAUGAUGUCACCAUGCUUUCGAAACCACAUCAAAAUGCGCAAGCCCUGAUAAUACAUGCUGUAGAUGGUUGAGCCAAGUGCAGCCAACACAAAAUCUCUGUUCAAAUACACAGUACUGUACAGCGUAUUUGCACAUAGUAACCUAUAGUGCAGCUCGGCUAUUCAAAAAGUUCUAUGUUAAAUGGCAAACACAAGUAGAUAUACUAACAUUAACAUUAUACUAAAUUAUCUCCACUCAUAAACACCUUGGCCUCUGUGAAAACUGUUCCAGCAUCAGAAAAACUGGCAUAGCAUAAAACGGGAUAUUCUCCAGCUAUAAGAUUUGCCAUGGAAAUCCAUUGGCCUCAUUGCUUUGGUGCAUAAAAAGAACAGGAGUGGUGCGCUGAGGUUCUUUUUGAUUUGGAUUCCAAUGAAUUUGUUCACUCCCCUGUAAUUAUACUCAAGCCUGGUGAUCAAUUGUAUGAACCUGAACAAUUCCCUGUAAUUCCCACUUGAUUCAUUGCUGGUUUCAUUGCUGUUGUAGAAAAAGCUGUGCCAGAAUGGGUACUAUAUCAGUUCAACAAAACAAAUAAGAUAAGUACUUAUAGCCUUGUAACGGUGUAAUUUGGUAGCAUUAAAGGGCAGCAAUUAGUGUCACAAUAGAUGCAUGUAGUAAGCUUACAAAGUAUGCUAUGUGGCUGUAAAUUAAAUUAGAUUAGGUUGUACUCUAUUACAUCCUUUGGAACCUUACAAUUUGGAUGAUGGGGGAAAAAAGCUAAACUGGCCUCGGCAGCAUUCUAAGCAAUCCUAACUUUUAUUUUCACAAUGAUAAUAUCCUGCAGUUCUCUCUGUUUGGCAGGCCAUGUUACAUUCAGAUCUGGCCAGUCCAUGUCUACGGCUCUCAGAUGAUGACAAUUUCUCACAUUUGAAACUAAAAUAUCUUCAUUUUUCUGAAUAAACAACGGUAGUGUUUCUUUCCCUCUAUAAUAAAGCAGGGUACUUUUCCAUGGCCAAAAUGCUUUUGCUCAUGACUAUUGCUUUGCUUAGCUAUCACAAUGGCCAGUGACUAUUUUGAUGUAACUACUUUAUUAUUAUAAUAGCGGGUGGAUUCCAAGUAGACAUGUGAACUGCAUGUGUUAUCAGGGCUUACCAAAAAAAGCUAAACCAGAUAGGCUUCUACAGGACACAAUAAGUAGCAGUGUGCUCUCUCCUCAUGGCUAAAUAUUGUGCCUUUAACAAGAAUCUCAAUAUUUUCACAGGGUUUAACUUAACUUAUAACUAGUGUGUAGAAUUUAAAAGAAAGAACUUGUACUUUUUUUAGAGAAGAUGAAGAAAUGAAACUGUAGUCAACUACACUGACUGACUUUUAUGAUGCUCUAAAUACGUAUUCAAAGUAGAUAGUGGUCAGACAUUCCAGCAUUUAUGAUGACAAUCUGUAAAUUCAAUGCAGAAAAUGUCCUGCAAGUUUGGUUCUGUUGCUGUUACUGUCGUUGUUUUCAGGUGGAAUGGAAUUCUAUGGACUGGUGAAAGAAAAUAUUGGCUUUCCACUCAGCAAAGACUCGCUUAACAGAUGGGAUGUGUUUUCUUUGGACGGCCAUAGCAAAAUGGAAGCCUUAACAACUGGCUUCCCUCAAGCUUCCAAGGGAUAAGGAAAUGUACUGAAUUCUAUUGUGUAAAAUUACUGUAAAAAUAAUUCUGAUGCUCUAUAUGUGCUCUCAUGUGUAAAGGAGAGUGUGUGUUUCUGAGUGUGUGUGUGUGUGUGUUUGAGUGUGCUAGGGUGUUUGUACUGCAAGCAUGUGUUUUUCUGCUUGGUAACGUGUACAAGCAAGCAUUUGCGACUGGGAAUGUUUGUGCAAGUAUGUUUGUGUCUGCGUGUGAGAGAACAUCUUCGUACAAAUCCUUUGUUUGACAUUGUAAGGACUUUGAUCAAAAUAGAAUUCAAAUAAAAUAACUGACAUCUCACCAACCCAAUAAAAGA